AUGGCGUUAGCUGCAGUAAAAUGGGCGAUAUCAAACAGAACUAUCUGGAACCUUCCAAUUCAAAACAGAGCUUUAUAUUGUGUUUGUCAUAAAUCUAUAUAUUCUUCUCUACCAGAUGACUAUAAUUGCAAAGUAGAGCUUGCUUUGACAUCGGAUGGCAGGACGAUAGUAUGCUACUACCCUUCUGUGGACAUUCCAUAUGAACAUACAAAACCUAUCCCUCGGCCAGAUCCUGUGCAUAAUAAUGAAGAAACACAUGACCAAGUACUGAAAACCAGAUUCGAAGAAAAAUAUGAGCACUUUGAGCAAGGACCCAUGAUAGAAAAACUUAGCAAAAUGUUCUUUACUACUAAGCACCGUUGGUAUCCUCGUGGACAGUAUCAUAGAUGUCGUAGGAAACUGAAUCCUCCAAAAGACAGGUGA